AUGGGAGACCGAGACAGCGUUCGUCUGGACUACUAUCAGCGUCUGGUGAAACACACCAUCCUCAGGCACACGGACCCCGUCACCGGGCUCAUCCCCAGCCAGAAGUUCGACACGCAUGCGUGGGUGAGGGACAACGUGUAUUGCGUCCUUUGCGUCUGGGCGCUCUCCCUGGCGUACAAGAAGAGGGCCGAGUUGGAUGAGGACCGUGCCAGGACGUACGAGCUCGAGCAGAGCUGCGUGAAGCUGAUGCGGGCGCUUCUCCUGGCCAUGAUGAAGCAGACGGACAAGGUGGAACGCUUCAAGGAGACGCUUAGCACACAGGACUGCCUGCACGCCAAAUACAGCUCUCUGACGGGAGACUCGUGCGUGGGAGACGGGGAAUGGGGACACCUGCAGCUGGAUGCCACCUCCCUCUACCUUCUGGCUCUGGCCCAGAUGACCGCGUCUGGCCUCCAGAUCGUCUUCAACCUGGACGAGGUAGCCUUCAUACAGAACCUCAUAUUUUACAUCGAAUCGAGCUACUGCAUCUCCGACUACGGCAUCUGGGAACGAGGAGACAAGACCAAUCACGGUUUGCCCGAACUCAACGCAAGUUCUGUGGGUAUGGCUAAGGCGGCCCUUGAGGCCAUGGACGAGCUUGACCUGUUCGGGGGACGCGGUGGGCUCUCUUCUGUGAUCCACGUGCUCGCCGACGAGGCGCAGAAGUGCGACGCUGUACUUCACUCUAUGCUGCCCCGGGAGUCCAACUCCAAGGAGCUGGACGCCGCUCUCUUGUCGGUCAUUGGGUUCCCUGCCUUUGCCGCCACGGACCCCAGCCUGAUUGAGUUGACACGUACGGCCAUUGUUGAGAAGCUCCAGGGCCAGUACGGAUGCAAGAGGUUCCUCCGAGACGGCUAUAAAACACCCAAGGAGGACCCGAAGCGGCUUCACUACGAGCCAUGGGAGCUGCACGCCUUCGAGAAUAUCGAGUGCGAGUGGCCUAUCUUUUUCUGCUACAUGGUCGUAGACGCCUGCUUCCGGGGCGACCGGAACAUGGUGGACGAGUACAGCGAGAUGCUGGAGCGUUUGGUGAUCAAGACGGAGGAAGGAUUCAAACUGGUUCCAGAGAUGUACAUGGUUCCCGAAGACAAAGUGACCCUCGAGUACGCCGUGCCCCACAGCCAGGGACGCCUACCCAUCGGCCAGAUUCCUUUUAUGUGGGCACAAUCGCUUUACGUGGUAGGCAGGCUGCUUCACGAAGGCUUUCUGGCACCUGGAGAGUUAGACCCGCUCAACAGGAGAUUGGGCUCUCUGAAGCGUCCGGAGGUGGUGGUGCAAGUGGUGCUGCUGGCAGAGAAUGUCCAAGUGCAAGCCAAGCUAACGGAACUUUGUCCGCGAUUGGAAACUGUGGCCGAAGUGGCUCCCGUGGAAGUGCAACCAGCCCGAGUGCUUGGACAUCUCUACUCUUUUUUGGGCCAGAACCGGAAACUCAACCUCUCGGGGAGGCUGUCCAAGGACGUUGGCCUUCUGGCCACCAGCAAGCUAUAUGUGCUGCAGGAUCGGCUCUUUGCUUUUGGCCCUCAAAAUUUGGACAGCGAAGAGUUCCACCUAGUUCAUGACGUGGAUCUAUUUGCUAGCACUCUGGGCUCAGACAUAGCUGUAGUGCGCUCUCACUGGAACAUGCUGGGACGCCCCACUAUUGUGGUAACUCUACAAGCCCGCCAAAUGGAGGGAGACAAGGUACCAAUGGCACUCCGUCAGACGAUCCUAAAAUUAGCUGCAGGCUACAUCCAUGGCACUCGGGUGUUGCUUGGAAGCCUUGAAGACUUCCUCAGCACCUCGUGCCUAGCGAGCCUAAGCUUUCUUAAUAACCAUGAGGAAGGAGACUCUGAUUCUCUGAAGCUCCAUGUAAUUCACUACCUUGAACGAGAACUUUAUCGGUCUUCCCUUCGCCGUGACUUUCGAGCCAAGACUUCUUUGGGGACUGGACAUCCACUUCCACGUGGACGACCAAAGUCGGGGGUGGCAGGCUGGAUAAAACACUCGCGCCCUAUACAGCCAGAGGAAACAGAUUUCCCUUCUACUUCUGCCGGUACGUCGCGUCGCACUUCGACAUCGGAGGACGAACCCCAAGGCUUCGUACGAGCUGUAUCCGAGCUGCGAUUGGACCAUGUUACCGAACGUGAGCUGCUGACAACUUUGCAAGAGACGGGCUCCAUGGAAGAGCAAGGCGACAUCUUGCACUAUUUGGCCUGUCACAAGGGGCUCUCGUGGGACACGGGCCUAGGGAAGCCUCCUGAAGUGGUGACGGUCAAAGACCUAUUCUUAGACUUUUACGAGCGGGCCUGCCAAGAGAAAAAGUGGGGUCUGGUACGCCACUUCGCGGGUUCUCUGGGAAAGCGCGUGGAAGACUUGGCCAAGUCGGUGACGGACCUGCUCGUGCGCCAGAAGCAGGUGACCGUAGGCAUGCCGCCUUACAAUGAAAUCACAGUCACGCGACCCCGGUCUACCAAGGAGCUGCGCAUCCUCAUUGCAAAGGCCUACCGCGGAGACGAGAGCACAGCAAUGUUGACGCAGGAGGUGCUUGUCUACCUGGGCAUGUUUAUUCACACAGACCCGCAGCUCUUCGAGGAAAUGUCGCGCCUGCGUGUGGGCCUCAUCAUCCAGGUGAUGGCCUCUGAACUGGCCCACCACUGUGCCCCUGAGAACGCCAGUGACGUGCUCUUGAACCUAAGCCCUUUCGACAUUAAGACACUUCUGAUGAACAUCCUGAGCGGCACCGAGGUCACUGUCAAAAGUGCCUCGUCCGGCAUCCUCUCCGUGACGUCGAGCUUCUUCAACAAGCGCCAGGCAGCCGAUAUUUUUGUGCACAGUGAAGGGGAAGACCUGACAUCAGAGCGGCAGGGCCAGUGGCUGCGCAGGCGUCGCUUGGACGGGGCACUGAACCGCGUCCCCAAAGGCUUCUAUCCGCGAGUCUGGUCCAUUCUGGAGCGGACAACGUCGCUGUUCGUGCGCGGGCGGAGCUUGUUCAGCACCGUCACCAAGGAGAUGACGCCUGGUGAACUGAAGUUCGCCCUGCUAGUUGAGCAAUUGCUCAACAACAUUCCCGAGCCGGAGUACCGGCAACUUCUGGUCGAGGCCCUGAUGGUUGCCAGUCUGGCUGUGGAGCAAGAACUACCGUUAAGCGAAGGCCCUGUCGAUGUGGAGGGACUGGUCAAGGCGGCACACAGCCUGUUCCUAGAGGACCAGCGACAGUGCCGAGGCAACGCCUCGCUGUGCUGCUGCAAGGGGGGCCAGUCGGAGACCGAGUGGUGCCGCCCCAUUGCGGGGAUCUGCCAGCACUUCUACGACAGCGCGCCGAGCGGCUGCUUCGGCACCAUGACUUACUUGGUCCGGGCUGUGGCCUCGUCUCUCCAGGAGUUGCCUCAUCGGGAGCUCGAGUGCUCUACGUCUUAG